UGACAUCUCAGUGAGGAAACAUGCCUGAACCCGCCAAGUCUGCGCCCAAGAAGGGCUCCAAGAAAGCGGUGACCAAGACCGCCGGCAAAGGAGGCAAGAAGAAGAGAAAGACCAGGAAGGAGAGCUACGCCAUCUACGUGUACAAGGUGCUGAAGCAGGUCCAUCCCGACACGGGCAUCUCGUCCAAAGCCAUGAGCAUCAUGAACUCGUUCGUCAACGACAUCUUUGAGCGCAUCGCCUCCGAGGCGUCUCGUCUGGCUCACUACAACAAGCGCUCCACCAUCACCUCCAGGGAGAUCCAGACCGCUGUGCGCCUCCUGCUGCCCGGUGAGCUGGCCAAGCACGCCGUGUCUGAGGGCACCAAGGCCGUCACCAAGUACACCAGCUCCAAGUAAACAAGCUGUUUACUAGUUGCACAACAAAGGCCCUUUUC